GUCACGUGCCCCGCGUCACUGUCGCGCCUCAACAAACACGCGUUGUUUGCUUGAAGUGAGAUUUUUGAAUUUAUUGAUUGAACAUUUCGUCCACAGUUAAACACAACUUGUCAAUAAGUACCUAACUAGCCGUCCCAGCUGCAAGCUUUGCUACUUUUGGCUGUUUUAAAUUCGCAUGUUUCAAAGCUAGGUACCCAAUUGCAAGGUUUAUUAUUAUUAUUAUUUUUUUUAAAAAAUGCGAAGAUGCCAACCGAAGUAAUAAGUCUACUUUCCUCGAGUCCAGCUGCUCCAUCCAAACCAAUUCUCGCUACCUCCCCCGAGAUUUCACCACGAAUAUGCCGUGCCGCUCCCUCCAGAUCCCUCGACUACGGAGUUCAUGACCUGACCGUGGUGCCGCCGCUGAAAGAACCCCACGAACGACUAGACAAAAAAUCACAGGACCCAGUCACUGGGACCAGAAGAACCAGUAACGGACAUAGGCGUGACGAUAUCGACUUUCUAUUCCUCUCGGAUGAAUCCGACACGACUGGCGAUCUCGAUGGAAAUUUAUCGGAGAAAGCUCGAUCCUCAACUUCUACAGCGCAUCUCAAGAAGAGGGAGGAUGUAACUUUGAAGAUCAAAUCCGCCACGGUUUCUUCCAAGGGCAAACGCCGGCUUUCUCCAGUUGGAUUAAAACGAUGGAGCUCCGCAAUUGAUCCGAUAGAAAACAGCUCUCCCGAUAUCUUCGCGGCUCGAAAAGACAAGAGUAAACCAGAUAUUUUUUCAAGUGACCCAUUUCGAAGUUCUCCCGAACGAGACAGUAACAUAUGUCAGCCAUCGAAAAACUCUAAAUUCGAAAAAUUGUCAGGUGACGACACAUCCGGUUUUACUAAGAGCAAAAAAGCGUCAAAAACACCGGUAAUUAUAGACCUUUCUGACGACGAUGCCGAAAGUUUCGGGGGGGAUGGCCCGUCUAAAAAAUCGAAGCAAAAUGGGGCAUGGGAUCCAAUAUCCAGCUCGAUGCCAGAAACUAGAGCGCCGAAACAAGACAGUCUGACAGACUCCGACUCCGAUUUGCCGGAAUUGAGCGAAAUUAGCUUCUCAAAGUUAAAGAGGCGCGCGUAUAGUCUAUCGCCUUCUCCGCCUCGUAAAAAAUCCAAGCCCACGGCGAAAGCUUCAACAGCCAAAAAGGCGGUAGAGCCGAAGAAAACUGACGAGGAGAGGGAGCGAGAAAAAAGGGAAAAGGCAGAGGCGAGGGAAGCGGAGAAGGAACGGAAACGAGUCGAGAAGGAAAAGGCAAAACAGCAGCGAGCAAUCGACAGGGAAAAGGAGAAAGCCCUAGCUGAAGUCAAUAAACUCAAGACCGACAGGAAAGCCGCCGUACCGGAGAUGAUCGUGGACCUCCCUGAAUCCCUAAGUGUCGGCAUCAGAGCCCAGAUUCAGAAGUUACUCGGUGAUAUCAAUGUCCAGUUCGAGUACUGGCAUAGCCACAUUAGCAACGUCGUAAAAUGGCGGCGGAAAGUAAGCUCUAAGUACAACGAGUCGCUAGGCCACUGGGAGCCGAUCCCGAUGUGCAUCAAGCCGGAAUCGCACGUCAUGGUUAUCAUCGAAGCCUCGGAAUUCGUGAAGCUCGUUCUCGGCCCCGAAGGCCAGGACCUGGAAGCUCACGUCCUGAACAUGAAGACGAGCUUCCCGAACAGUACGUUCAUCUAUCUGAUCGAAGGCCUCAUGCCCUGGAUGCGCAAGAACAAGAGCAUCCUCAAUCGGCAGUUCGCGUCGGCGGUUCGUGCCCUCGACACUACCAACGCUGCGGGAUCGACUUCGUCCGGCCAGACUCGGCGCCGGAACAACGCCCAGCAGGAGUACAUCGACGAGGAUAUCAUCGAGGACGCGCUCCUAUCCCUCCAGGUCGUCCACGGAGCUCUGAUCCACCACACGAACGCGCAGAUCGAGACGGCGGGGUGGGUCGCCGUGUUCACGCAGCACAUCAGCACGAUCCCGUACCGGAAGGCGCGGGACGCGGCGGCGGACGCCGGCUUCUGCAUGGAGGUCGGGCAGGUGCGGACGGGCGAGGACGCCAAGGACACCUACGUCCGCAUGCUGCAGGAGGUGACGCGCGUGACGGCGCCCAUCGCGUACGGCGUCGCCGCCAAGUACGGCACCGUGAGCCAGCUCGUGCGCGGGCUCGAGGAGAACGGGCCGCUCGCGCUGGAGAACUGUCGCAAGUGCGCCAACCGGGACGGCGCUUUUUCGGAUCGCGUUAUAGGACCCGCCGUGAGCAAGAGGAUAUACAAGAUCUUUACUUGUCGGGAUCCGGGGAGCAUGGAUGUGUAAAAUAGAAUAGCAUAGCAUUAUUGGGUUGUGUGCUUUAGUGAACAAACGUUGAGUUUGAAUCGUGUAACUACUAUGUGGUAUGUACAUACCCUACAUAUUGGGAUGAAUUGUCGUAUGUCCGACACUUUGUCACGUCAGUCCAAGACUUUUUUUGCCUCUUAAAUAAAUGCUUGUGUCCAUCAC